CACACACACACACACACACACACACACACACACACACAGGCAACAGCAGUAGAAAUAACGCACUACAACCUCCACUAUUCCUUCCAUCAGACUAUGUUCGCCUGGUGGAUCUCCUGGCUGGCGCUGUGCCUCGUGCUGGGGAGGAAUCCUUGGGCGGCCAGCGCGGCGCAAACGGAGGCGGGGACGGAGGCGGCGACGGCGCUGUGGACGGUGACCAAAAGAAGUGGUGGCGACGAGCCUCAGUACCCCCACUACCACCGCGCCUCCGUCAGAAACACUCUUCCAUCAGGCUCCUCUGCUGGCUCCCAUCUGCUACACGGGGCCUCCUCGGUGCAGCUCGGGGCGGGGCAGCGGCCGGGCAAGGACAUGAAGCUGGGGCCCGGUAUGGGAGGCUCAGCGGUAGAGACACUGGAGACAGAGGGCGCCCAGUACUUCGCGACGCAGCCCACGCCGCAGACCGCGGUGGUGGGUUCCACGGCGGUGCUUCCUUGCAGAGUCAUCAAUAAAGUGGGUCACCUCCAGUGGACCAAAGACGGGUUCGGGCUGGGCACAGAGCGGGACCUGGAUGGCUUCUCGCGCUACGGCAUGAUCGGCUCAGAUGACGAAGGAGACUUCAGCCUAAGGAUACAGCCCGUGUUGCUCGAAGAUGACGCCCUUUAUCAGUGCCAGGUGAGUGCCAGUUCCGGUGUGCCAGGCAUCAGGUCACACACGGCGCGCCUCACCGUCUACGUGCCACCCGAGUCGCCUAAAGUGUCGCCGCCCGUCCUCAGCACCACUGCGGGCAUGACGAUGAUCCUGGAGUGCGAGAGUCGAGGAGGACGCCCGUCCCCUGAGAUUCAGUGGGUGGACGACAGCCGGCGGGAGACCAUUCGAACGGGCGCCAUCACGACGGAGGAGACGAUGGAAGAUGGAAAGAGGGUCACAGUUCGCUCCCGUCUUUCCUUCAGCCCACGACGCUCCCACCAUAACUCCUCCAUCACCUGCCUCACCUCCAAUCAGGCCCUCAGCUCCCCCUCGCCAAGUAAGGAAGGGAAGAUGAUGGAAAGGGAAGGAAAGGACGGGAGGGAAGUAGAGAAAUGAGAGGGAGAGUCUUCACGAAGUUUGUAAAGUAAAGGUGGGGUAUAGGAAGGUAAGGAAGGGUUAUGGAGGAGACGAGGUAUGAUAAGUAAUGGGAAGGGGAGGAAAGGUGAGAGGGGAGGGAAAUAGGGGAAUGUGGAGCAGGAGUUCGGGAAGUUUGGCAGGUAAAGUAAAGGUGAGAUAGGAAGGUAGGGGGUGAUUAGAGAAGGAAGGAUGAGGAAGGGGAAGACUUGGAGGAAGUGUUGUGAAGAGAGGCGUGGGUAGCUAAAAAAAAAAAAAAAGAAAGAAAGAAAAAAGAACGGAAAGAAAGGAGGAAAGGAAAAAGAGGGCAUGGGCGACAAAAAUAUAAGACAUUUUUUGUAAAUAAAUUCCCGUCAUUUUUUUACACGUGACGGGAGAGGAAUGGAAUGGAAUUGAAAGGAAAGCAGGAAGUGAGGGAGGGAAGAAGAGAAGAAAUGAGGAAGAAGACACGAGUCAAGGAAAAGCAGAGAGAGAGAGAGAGAGAGAGAGAGAGAGAGAGAGAGAGAGAGAGAGAGAGAGAGAGAGAGAGAGAGAGAGAGAGAGUGAAAAGAAUGGAAUGGUGAGAAAGUAAACAUGAAAAACAGACAUGGAUUCAUGGAAUAUGAGUGAGCGGAGGAGUAGAAGAAGGAGGAGGAGGAGGAGUCUAAACAAAGUAGGCUAACUUUAGAGGUUUAUUCCUUAUUACUUAUUUAUUUUUUUAUUUUUUUCGUUCUAAUAAAUACAAAAAAACAUAGUGAAAUAAAUAUAUACCAAGAGACUGAAAGGAACUGAUGUGGAAAAAAAGAUGAACGUUAAUUGUUGAUAAAAAAAGUUUUUAUGAAAAGUUGAGAACACACACACAGACACACACACACACACACACACACACACACACACACACACACACACACACACACACACACACACACACACACACACACAGACACACACUAUUAAGCGAAAAAUAACAAAUAAUUAACACAUACAUUUACGUCUUUUGCCCGACACUUCACCCAUAUUUUUUCGUUCUUUUUCUUUCUUCCCUUCCAUCCACUUCUCUCUCUCCUCUUCUUUCUGCGCAUUUCGUCCUCUCUUCUUGCUCUCUCCAAUUUGUUUCCUUGUUUUUAUUAUAAUUUUUAUACUCUCUCUCUCUCUCUCUCUCUCUCUCUCUCUCUCUCUCUCUCUCUCUCUCUCUCUCUCUCUCUCUCUCUCUCUCUCUCU